UUUUUUUUUUGUUUAUCAUUUUCCUUACGUCAAAUAAAAAAAAUACUUGGACAUUUUGUAAUAAUUUUUUAUUUAUUUUUUAUUUUUUAUUUAAUUGCUCAUCAUCAUUUACAUAGCAUUAAUGAUUUUUAAUUAAUAGUUUAAUAUAUAAAGGCUAAUUUGAUAUAAAAAAAAAAAAUAUAAAUAAUAAUAUUUACACUUUUUGACAGAACAUUUUGACAGAGUGUAGAUGUUGUGACUUGAGUGUGUGUAAACGACAUCGAUGACGUGUGCCAUCCUUUUUUUUUUAAUAAUUAAUUAUAUUUGUAAUGCAGUAUAUAUAACAAAGAAACAAUAUUUAUUGUUAUAAUGAUACAACUAUUAAUUUAAAAUUAAUAAAUCUAAUAUUAUUUUCAAUGUGAUCCAUGUGUUCAAUUAGUAUCAAAACAAUUGAUGACAAAAUAAUUUAUGACAGCUGAUAUAAUGGAAAAUAAAUACAGGCAUCAAGGAAAUAAUAAUAAUCAACAGUCAUUUUGGAAAAAAAAUGCAAAAACAGUACCAGGAAGACCAAGUCCAAAACAAGAUAAUCGUCCAAAAAUUCAUGCAACAAGUAAUUUACCAGGAGUUGUAGUUGGUAGUGGUAAUGUUGGUGGUGGUGUUGGAGUAACAACUGUUGGUGGUGGUGCAGGAGGAAGUACUAGUGCAGCAUCAUUUAGAGAUUUUCAAGAAAGUACUGAUGAUGCAUGGGAUUCUGGUGAUGAUGAAUUUUGUCUUGUAUCUGAUAUUAAAAUAUCAAAAAAAGUAAGUCAUUCAGCAGCAAUGUCUGUUAUAAAUUCUCAUCGUAGUGGUAAUCGUGAUACAUCAACAAAAGAUGAUACACAAUAUUAUAAUAAAAAUUUACAAGAAAUAAUACCAGAAGAAAAACGCAUUGAAGCAUUACAAAGACUUGCUGUUCAACCAUUACAUUUACGUAAUGAUCGUAAUAAAUGUCAUGAUAAUAAUGACAAUAAUGAUUAUGGUAAUUCACCAAAUCGUGGUUCAACCCAUUAUCCUGGUAGACCUCAACCACUUAAAUCAGCAUCAGCAAAUAAAUUUUUUGUACCAUCAAAAGAACAAGAUGGUGAAAGUAAAAUUGAUAAAUUUCAAAGUUUACUUGAUGCAUCAUUGCUUAAUUUAGAUGAACUACGACAAUUAUCAUGGUCUGGUGUACCAGCAAAGCUACGUUCAGUAACAUGGCGUUUAUUAUCAGAAUAUUUACCAGCAAGUUUAGAACGUCGUCAACAAGUACUUGAACGUAAACGUUUUGAUUAUUUAAACUUAGUUAAACAAUAUUAUAAUGUUGAAAGAGACGAAAGUUUUCAAGAUACAUAUCGUCAAAUUCACAUUGAUAUACCACGUAUGUCACCAUUAAUAUCAUUAUUUCAACAAAAUACUGUACAACUUAUAUUUGAAAGAAUAUUAUACAUUUGGGCAAUUCGUCAUCCAGCAUCAGGCUAUGUACAAGGCAUGAACGAUUUAGUAACACCAUUUUUUUUAGUAUUUUUACAAGAAACAAUACCAGUAUCAUCAUGGCAAGAUAUUGAAAAUUAUGAUGUUGCAUCAUUAGAUCAAAAACAACGUGAAAUACUUGAAGCUGAUAGUUUUUGGUGUCUAUCAAAAUUUCUUGAUGGUAUACAAGAUAAUUAUAUUUUUGCUCAAUUAGGAAUUCAACAUAAAGUUAAUCAAUUAAAAGAAUUAAUACAAAGAAUUGAUGCACCAUUACAUCAACAUUUACAUAAACAUGGUGUUGAUUAUUUACAAUUUUCAUUUAGAUGGAUGAAUAAUUUAUUGACACGUGAAAUUCCACUUCAUUGUACAAUUAGACUUUGGGAUACAUAUUUAGCUGAAUCAGAUAGAUUUGCAUCAUUUCAACUUUAUGUUUGUGCUGCAUUUUUAUUGAGAUGGAGAAGACAUCUUCUUGCUCAACCAGAUUUUCAGGGCUUAAUGUUGAUGCUGCAAAAUUUACCAACACAAAAUUGGUCAGACUCGGAAAUUGGUGUUCUUGUUGCUGAAGCUUAUAAAUUAAAAUUUACAUUUGCUGAUGCACCAAAUCAUCUACAAGCACAUGAUCCUAGAUGACCAAUUUCACGUUUACCACCAAAUCGAUAAAAUUAAAUCAACUUCCAAAUUGGGUAAUUAAAUUUUUCAUUUAAAUUUAAUGAAAGAAUUUUGCAAAUUAUAAAUUCAUUUAUAUUCUUUCAUCAGCCAGAUUUUUUACCAUUCAAUGCUGCCUGCAUAAACAUCAAUUAUUGUAAUAUUAAUAAUUCUUUUUUAUAUAUUAAAAUAGGCAUAUAUAUAUAUAUACAAAUUAAUUAAAAAUUAUAAAAUAAUAAAUUUUAAAAAAACACAAAA